GAAAGUUUUAGUGUUUUUCAUGAAUAUGGUUACCUGUAACAGUGGCGAUCCUAAAUUGGAUAAUGUAGUUAAUGGCUGGCUUAUACGUGACAAGAAUCCAGUAACAUACCAAGAAGUGGUGGAUGAUAUAAAAAAUUCAAGAUGGGAUAAGUUAAAGAAGACUAUGUUGAACCGUCAGAAGUUUGGCACGGCAGGCUUACGAGCGGCUAUGGGGGCCGGUUACAUGUGUAUGAAUGAUGUUGUUGUACUACAAACUGCACAGGGUCUGUGCUCGUAUGUCCAAAAAGUUUGCAAUCAAGCACAAAUUCACAACGGUGUUGUCAUUGGAUUUGAUGGCCGAUACAAUAGUAAAAGGUUCGCAGAACUAACAGCAAAGGUAUUCAUCUCUGCCUCAAUACCCGCCCACCUAUUUUCAUCAGUAUGCCCAACGCCAUUAGUUUCGUUCGGUACUAUACUAUAUGGGGCCGCUGCUGGGGUCAUGGUGACCGCUUCCCAUAACCCCAAAGAGGACAAUGGGUAUAAAGUUUAUUGGAGUAAUGGCACUCAAGUGAUCACACCCCACGAUGAUAACAUACUCGAAGAGAUAUGGAGCUGCUUGGACAUACCAGACGAACAUUGGGACAUCGAAGAGAUAAGGAAUCACGAACUCGUCAAGGACUGUCAAGAUGAAGUGACGUCGAAGUACAUGGACUACAUCCGGUCCAGUUUGAGAGAGGACGUUUUAGAAACAAAUAGGAAGGCUGAAAUAAAGACGGUCUACAGCGCUAUGCACGGCGUUGGGUACGAUUUUAUUGUGAAAGCCUUUGAAACCGCUAAUUUGAAGGCUCCAAUAAGCGUUAUCGAACAACAAAAUCCGAAUCCAGACUUUCCGACUGUGAAGUUUCCUAAUCCCGAAGAGAAGGAAUGUUUGGAUUUGAGUCGGAAAUUGGCUGAAGAAAAUGGCGUCAAAUUGGUCCUUGUUAAUGAUCCAGACGCGGAUCGGCUAGCUGUUGCAGAAUAUAAUGAUAAAUCAAAGUCCUGGAAGGUGUUCACGGGUAAUGAGAUGGGAUCUCUUUUGGGUUGGUGGUUACUACAGCAACACAUCUUGGGAGGAGGUCCGGUGGGGGAGGAUGAUGUUUUCCUACUGGCCAGCUUCGUUAGUUCCAAGAUGUUGAGAGCCGUGGCUAAGGGGAAAGGACAGCUGGUCGAGACCCUCACUGGGUUCAAGUGGAUGGGCAACGCCACCCUAUUAUUACUAGAGCAGGGUGAAACACCAAUAUUCGCCUUUGAAGAGGCGAUAGGCUACAUGUGCAGCCCCAGGGUCCCUGAUAAGGACGGUGUCUCUGCAGCCGUGCAUGUAGCAUCUCUGGCUUCAAGCUUAUAUUCCAAAGGCUCGUCUCUACUGGGCCAACUACAAGCCCUAUAUGCAGAGUACGGCUACCACAUAUCAUACAAUUCGUAUUUCAUAUUUCACGAACCAAACGUCAUUUCGAAGAUAUUCAGCAGGAUCAGGAAUUAUCACGGUCCAGGAAUCUAUCCAAAGAAAGUGGGCUCGUGUAAAAUAACAUCAAUCAACGAUUUUACCGCCGGCGUUAAAAUACCAGAGGAAGUGAAUGGCGGGGGACAACUCAGGGUCCUAGGUACUGGUCUAGACCAAGACUACACUAGUGGAGAGAUGAUCGCCUUCACAUGUGAGGGAGGUCUCAGUGUCAUCGUGAGAACUAGCGGUACGGAGCCCAAGCUCAAGUACUACACGGAGCUGGCCUGCCACGCUCCACUACCCAGUGAACAAGAAGCGAAAAAGGUUGAACUCGAGAUAAUGGUCAAAGAAUUCAUCGAAGAAUUACUCCAGCCGAAGGAGAAUGGACUUAUCGGAUGAGAUCGAUAAAAAAAUCUUAGAGAUUUUUUUCCCAUAUUUAAUUUUUACACAAAAAAUGUUUAAAAUUAUUUCUUAAGUUUUUUUUUUUUUUACCAAGGGUACCAAAGGUUUAGUUAAAUUCUGUGAUAAUAUUGUUCCAUCUUGAGUUGUUUACAGAUUGUGAUAAUUAUUUACGAAAUGUAAUGUAAUAUGGCCUUAUAACUUAUUAAAAUAUGUACGAGACUAUCGAUUAUAAUUAUACGACUAAUGAAAAAAUAGUUUUACAAA